CAUGGCGGAUGUAGAGGCAGCUAAGUCUCUGAGCGGUUUGCUGAGUGGAAUAGCUCAGAAAGUUUAUUACAACAACAAAGAAAUCACAGAAGAGCUGCUGAAGCACGAGCUGUACCCGGAACUGCCUGAAGAUGAGUUCAAGGCUCUGCACCAGAAGAUGAAAGGCCUCCUGAAGUCCAUCGCCACAGCAGACAUGGACCAGGCUCAGCUGGAGGCCUUCCUCACGGCUCAGACCAGGAAGCAGGGAGGCGGUGUGACGGCAGAACAGGCCGCCGCUCUCUCCCGCUUCUGGAAGAGCCAGCGUGCCCGUGUGAGGGAGAGCUUGCUGGCUCAGAGCCGCUGGGAGCCCGGACUCAGGGGCCUCUCCUGGAGGGUCGACCUGCAGACGGCCGGCAGCAGGGGAGACGCGGUUCACAGUGGACCGGUCGCUCUGAUGGAGCUGGAGCUGGGCCGAGCCGGACAGGACUCAGAGUUCGUGUGUCUGGAGUUUGACGAGGCCAAAGUCAACCAGGUGCUGAAGAAGAUGGCGGACAUCCAGGAGAGCAUCGACAGAAUCGUUCACCGCACCUAAAAACUUGUGUGAAACUUUAUCUCAGACAGCAGAAAGAGACAAUGAGAGGUGUGGCUCAGAGAGAGAGGACUAACCUCCACACGACUCCUACUAUCUCUGAUUCAUUGUGUUUAACAGCGUUGCACAGUCAUGGGAGUUGUUCAGACCUGUAAGAGUCAGACUGGAUCUAACAUGAACUCCACACCUGCCUACACACUCAGAACGGAUCAACUGCUUUAAAGAUACCACCUGGCAUCUUUUCUCAAGCUACAUUAAGUUCAUGUCUGACUUGUUGAUGGACCAAAGGGCUUUUUAUUGCUUUCUUGACCUGUUUUGAUUCGAAUUGCAGCACUGAUUCACUGCAGUGUUUUUAUAUCAUGUUUUCCAUUUUGAGGUCCACCCCCGAUAGGAUGAAGGUUUCUCUCUGACCAUAGUGAUAAAAAAAAAGAUAAAAACAAACCGCAGCUGUGGGCCUCUGAAAGAAAGGCAGGGUGGAGUCACUGAAGAGGACCGAAGGAGGCCCUGAAAGUUCAAUACAAUGUGUAAAAGAUGUUGUGUAUUGUUUUGUGUUGUCUCUAAAUGAUGUCAAAUUGAUGAUGUUUUAAUCAUUUCCUUUUGUUUGGUCUUUGUCUGUUUUCUUUAAUAGUGUUGAGCCUUCAGGGCCUCUGUGUUCACCACCAGUUUGAAGCAAUUUUUCAUAUUUUGGAAAGAUGCAAAGUGUCAAUCUUCAAAUAAACCCUUCAGUGUAAAGUGA